AUGGCUUGGCGGCAUACAGCUCUGCAACAAAAUUUCUUGUUCUUUAUUGCGGCACGGCGCCGCCGGGGAUCCGAAUUAUUAGCAAGGCAGUGCAUCGAGAUGGGUGUUAAUCUAGAGGAAGUGGAUGUGCACGGGCAGACGCCUCUGUUUUGGGCUGCAGCGCGCGGCAAUUUGGUCAUAGUGAAAUUCUUGCUUAAUCUGGGGUUUGAAGUGAACUUUCGCGACAAGGCCAGGAAGACUGCUCUCUUCUUUGCCAUUGAGAAGAAUCACAUGGACGUGGUCGACUACCUGAUCGAACGUUCUGCCUCCACAUUGGUUCGGGCUUCCGACGGCAAGACACCACAGUUGAUGCUAAAGGCAUUGAAUCACAAGGCCCCCAGCAGGAAAAGAGAGUGGGUGUCACCAACACCGAGUUCCACGUGUCCGGGCGCGGCAACACGGAGCCGUUUUGCCCAGUGGGAAUGGGCCGGGGCCCAGGAGGAGACUGAGCCACUGAUUGAAAAAAAGGAGGACAACGUGCUCGUGGAGAACGCGCAGUACUACGUGUGUGCAUCAGUGACCGGGUGUUCGAAGCGCCUCCGCCGCUCGGAACGGGAGUUUGUUGGAGAUCAUGCUCAUCUCCAUCAACAGGAGACCUGGUACAGCAACUUGACUCCUGAGAAUUCUGCCGAGCUCGUGAACGUGAGCAUGGGCGACGAAAAAGCACAUGAGAAUGUAAUUGACGAGUUGGCGCAGGGAUCACGGCCUAGCGCCUUCACGCUGGCAGCAGUGUCGCAACAGACUCGCACACUCGCUGGUUACGUGUAUGCAUCUUUCACGGACGAGACGUUGAAGAUCGGCCAAGUGAAGGUGGACCGCCCCCAUCAAGAACGGGGACUAGGCGGUCUGCUACUUAAAGCGGCCGAGAAGCGAGCACAGAACUUGGGAGCAUCCAUCUCGAAAGUCAAACUCUCGGUCCUCGAAACCAACAAAGGGGCUCAAAGAUGCUAUGCAAAGUCGGGGUUCAAGGUUACCACGACAUACUCGUCAAGUUUUCCACCGUGCGCUUGCGAAGCUAAGCGAAUCCCUUGCCACCAUGAGAAGAUCCGGUGGUACAACAUGGAGAAAGCUUUGCCUGACAACACGGCCUGA